CAGCAGCUUGUGACAAUACAAAUUGAUAUAUAUACCUAAGUAACUCUUCUUAGUGACUCAGUUGAAAUCCUCAAGAGCCCACCUCAUUCUCCAUGUCGAUUUCAGUGUUCUCACUUCCCGCCGCUCGAGCUUCCUGAUACUCCAGUUCGGCCAGCUACGACAAAGUCAACCAAACUGCCCUCCACAUGGACGCUGUUAAGAAGGCGGUACGCAGGGUUUCGGCCGGAGAGAAAGAGCUAGAGAAACGAUUAACGGUUUUUUGGAACGAUUUACCCUCUUGGCAACAAGACAAUCAUUACAUCCGAAGCGGCUACCGCCCGGCAUCCAACUCAUUCAUCAAGUCAGCAAAGAGCCUUGGAUACCUCCACAAUGAGACUGUGAACAUCUACACACAUCUCAUCGGAUCCAUAGCAGCGCUGAUUACGGGCCUGGUUCUCUACCCUAUACUAAGACCGCGGUACGAAACGGCCACAUUAGAAGAUGUCUUCGUCUUUGGUUGCUACUUCCUAGGGGCUAUCAUGUGCCUGGGAAUGAGUGCGACAUAUCACACCAUCUCGAAUCACUCUCCAGAAGUCAGCAGCUUUGGAAAUAAGCUCGACUAUCUGGGCAUCGUCUUCUUGAUUUGGGGAAGCUUUAUACCGAUCAUCUACUAUGGGUUUCAGAGCGAUCCACCUCUCAUCUUCCGGUACUGGACAAUGAUCAGCACUCUUGCAGUAAUCACCUCAACCGCCUGCAUCCACCCCAAGUUCAGGACCCCUGCUCUUAGACCCUUCCGCGCUCUGAUGUUUGUCCUCAUGGGACUCUCCGCAGUAGGACCCAUUGUUCACGGCCUCCAACUGUAUGGCCUGGAGCAGAUGAGGAGGAUGGUCGGGCUCGACUGGGUUGUGCUCCAAGGAGUGCUGUAUAUCCUCGGCGCUGGGCUUUACGCAGCUCGAUUUCCCGAGCGGUCCAGUCCUGGUUCCUUUGAUAUCUGGGGGUCCUCACACCAGAUAUUUCACGUACUCGUCGUUUUGGCUGCAGCUUCUCAUCUUAUGGGCAUGGUGAAGGCAUUCGACUACGAGCAUUCGCAGCGGAAUGGUGCGGUGUAUUUGAGGUUCCUGCACAAGGUCUCGACGUACGGUCGCACGCCCUAGUCUUCGUUGAUAAUGUAAUAUACUCAAUUCCUCUUC